GUACCUGUUCCUUUGGGUGCAUCCAUUCCCCGUCGUGACAAGGAGGAAGUUUAUCCAUGUUACUGUCGUCUAAUGCUUAUUCUUUUCAAACCGUGGACUUCCGCUUCAGAUUUGCAAAAUGCAGGGGAGUCAUGGAGUGACGCUUUUGAAAGGUUCCAUACGAUCUGUGCUCGUAAUGUCUUGUCUGUUAUCAAUAACAUGCAAAUCAUGCACGAAUGUCAUGAUAGUCAUGAU